GCGUCUUUGGCAACGCAACGGUGACUGAAAUUUAUUUUUCAAAUAUCAAUAACUACCAUAUGUUAUUGUAAGAGGGUACACCAUGACCUCAGCAGUUCUUGAUGCCUUAUGGGAGGACAGGGAUGUCCGAUUUGAUAUUAAUCCAAGUCAAAUGAACAUGCGUCCGGGGGAGAGCAUCAUAGACAAGCUAGAUUCUAUAGAGGACACCAAAGGGAACAAUGGAGAUAGAGGGCGUUUGUUGGUCACCAACCUGAGAGUAAUCUGGCAUUCAACAUCACUACCAAGAGUAAAUCUCUCUGUUGGGUUGAAUUGUAUUCUUAGCAUCACAGUGAGAACUGCCAACUCGAAAAUAAGAGGACCUACAGAAGCAUUGUACCUGCUCACAAAGUGCAACAACACAAGAUUUGAGUUCAUAUUCACCAAUCUAGUGCCGGGAUCGCCGAGACUAUUCACCACCGUUAUAUCUGUACAUAGAGCGUAUGAGACGUCUAAGCUCUAUCGUGACGUGAAGCUCCGCGGUGCGAUCAUCUCGAAUAAAUCCUUGAGGAUGCUGCCGUUAGAACAGGUCUACGACAAGGUGGGCGGGGUCUGGAACCUCUCAUCUAACAGUGACCAGGGCAACCUUGGUACAUUCUACAUUACUAAUGUCAGGCUUGUAUGGCAUGCCGUUAUGAACGAAGCCUUCAAUGUUAGUGUGCCAUACCUACAAAUGAGAACCGUCAAGAUAAGAGAUUCUAAGUUUGGACUUGCUCUGGUGGUAGAAACAUCAGUACAGAGCGGAGGCUACGUACUUGGUUUCCGCCUGGACCCGGCUGAAAAGCUGCAGGAGAUCGUCAAGGAGAUCCAGUCCCUUCAUCGGGUCUACAGCACGAACCCUAUCCUUGGUGUCGAGUUCGAGGUCGACGAUGUCCCAGCUGCAGCUGAGGAGCUGGUGGUUGAAAACGUGCAGGAUGACAUUGAUAUCGUCAACGAGGAUGAACAAUCGGAUGCCUUUGCGGCCUACUUUGCCGACGGGGACAAGCAGAAGGAUCGACCACCGGUCUUCUCUGAGGAACUGGGCCUCGCCAUUGAGAAACUCAAGGAUGGAUUCACGUUAUCAAACCUAUGGGAAGUGGUGGAUCACAAAUAAGGG